UUGGUAAAGUUCAAACUUGCAGGCUCCAAGCUUCUGAAGGACUAAAAAGAGGAAGGAUCGAUGAUAUGAAGUAACCAUGGUUACUUGCUGAUUGGGGUCCGAAAAACUAACCAUGGUUAAGAAACUGGGUUUUUGUUCCAGAGUUAUAUAUACAAGAUCGCCAGAGACCAAGUAGCAGCCAUCAUCGAAUCCAAAAGACCACAAACAAGAUACUUUGUGUCUCUGUUGAUUGAACCUAUGUUUUUCUUGUUGAAUUCUUCUUCCUGAGAGUGCAAGCAAAGCAAAGCUAAGUUUUGUAGUAUCACACAUCACUGAAGGAGUUUGUUUACCAUCUGGGAGUGCUGCAUAUAUCUCCUUCUGCUUGGCUUAUCUUUACAUUGUUAGUUGGACAAUUUUGAAUCAAAAAAUGGGUCUCUCUAGCCUUCCUGCUCCAUCUGAAGGAGUUAUAUGUGUAUUACUGGUAAACACUGCACUGUCUAUCUCAAUAGUUAAAGCCAUAGUCCGAUCAAUCCUUCACGUUGUGGGCAUCCGCGUCUCCUCAUCGUCACAAUCACCUCCUCCAUCAGAUUACCCUGAAAGCCUUGUAGAACCAAUUGGGUUUUGUAUGAACCCCUCGGAUAGUUAUGUUUCGGAGUUUCGGAGUAUGAACCCAGCAAUUCGUUUCGACUCUGUAUCUAGUUGUAAGCACCAUGAGCAUGAAUGCUCGGUUUGCUUGAAUCAGUUUGAGCCGGAAUCGGAAAUAAACUGCCUGUCGUGUGGCCAUCUCUUUCACAAGGUUUGUCUGGAGAGUUGGUUGAAUUACUCCAACAUUACAUGCCCUAUGUGCAGGACUUCUUUGAUGUCUGAGCUAGAGCCAUCUUGCUUAUGGUGAAACAUCUAGGACCUUGGAGCCUGAUGAAGUUAUCUUUGUACAGCAUGUAGUGUACAGAUGUUUAGAUGAGUGAAUCAGCUAUGAGUUAUGUUUUAUGCCCGAGUUUACGCUUAUAUUGAGGGGCUCCCCUGAGAGAUCAAGAUUGUAUGUACAUAUUUUGAGGUCUAUGAUACUUAUGAAUCUGACUUUGAUCAUGAACAUCCGAGUUAACGGAGAUA